CCCGCCCGGAUUUGGAAACGACUUCCGGUCAACGAAGCAAUGGAACCUGGCGGGCAGGACAUCAACCUUAACUCUCCCAACAAAGGUUUGCUGUCAGACACCAUGACGGACGUCCCGGUGGGCCCAGCAGGAACCCGAGUACCAGCUGAUGCUGCAGGAGGAGUGGCACCAGAGGGGUUGACUGAAGCUGAAGCAGAAGAACUACGCAAUGAGCUGGUUAAGGUGGAGGAGGAGAUUCAUACCCUGCGCCAAGUUCUAGCUGCCAAGGAGCAGCAUGCAGGAGACUUAAAGAGAAAACUGGGGCAGGAUACUCUAAGCCAGCUGAAGCUCAACUUGUCGAAGAGUCUGCAUGACGUCCAAAUGUCUAAUGCUUACGUAAAAACAACAGAGAAAUUUGGAGAGUGGAACGAAAAAGUGACGCAGUCUGAUGCCUACAAGAAGACUCAGGAGACGCUUUCUACUGCCGGUCAGAAAACCUCUGCUGCUUUGUCUACAAUGGGCACUGCCAUCUCCAGAAAACUGGGGGACAUGAGCAGUUAUUCAAUCCGCCACUCCAUAAGCAUGCCUGCAAUGAGGAACUCUGCAACCUUCAAAUCUUUUGAAGAACGUGUGGCGAAUUUAAAGCCCAGGGUAUCUACAAACGGAGAAGAAAAUGAAAGCCAGAAUUUGCACUCUCCAGACAAUAAAUCUCAAGAUUCUGCCCCAUUUUAGGUCAUCCUCGUCAUGUCAUCUUCAACUUUAUUUUUUAUUUUUAUUAUACCCGUUCUGCCCUAUAGCAGCCUCGUCAUCUCAAAGCCCAAAGGGCUGCCAGCAAACAAAAUGACACUAACCUUUGCCCCAGAAAUGAUGUGAUUUUGUGUUAAAAUGUGAACAUUCCCUCUCACGCCUUCUCCUUUACAGCUAAAUGUCCUCAACAUAAAGCAUAGCAGCACUUCAUGGUGUUGUCCCAUACAGUUUGAAUGGAAUUGGCUACAUAAUAAAUGAAAUGUCCCUGUC